AUGGAUAAGAUCACAGACAAGAUCGCGGCCUUGCCGCCAGGCACAAAUUACUUCUCCCUCGAAUUCUUCCCGCCGAAGACACAGCAGGGUUUCGCCAAUCUACAGGCUCGCCUGUCACGCAUGGCACAGGCGUUGAGGCCCUUGUUUGUCAAUGUUACAUGGGGAGCUGGAGGGAGCACGAGUGCGAAGAGUCUUGCACUCGCUGAGCUGACGCAGAGAGGAUUGGGGUUAACGACAUGUCUGCAUUUGACCUGCACGAAUAUGAGCCGGAGGCUUGUGGACGACGCUCUGGAGCAGGCGAAGGGAUUAGGGGUGAGAAAUAUUCUUGCGUUGAGGGGCGAUCCGCCGAGAAGCGAGGAAUAUCGGGAUGAGACGAAUCCGUUGUGCGAGGAGGAUGAUAGCAACAAGGACUUCAUUUGGGCUGUGGAUCUGGUGCGGUAUAUCAGGAAGCAGUAUGGGGAUUACUUUUGCAUUGGUGUGGCUGGAUACCCGGAGGGCCAUUCAGAUCAGUCACAUCCGGAGCAUCAGUCUGUAGAGUAUGAUCUGGCAUCUCUGGUUGAGAAAGCCGGUGCAGGCGCGGACUUCAUCAUGACACAAUUGUUCUACGAUGUGGAGGCAUAUGAGAAGUAUGAGCGCCGGUUACGUGAGCAUGAGAGUGGGGUCUUCAACACCAUACAGAUCAUCCCUGGCCUCAUGCCAGUACAAAGCUACCAGAUCUUGCGCCGAACCACAAAGCUGAGCCAUGCAAACUUGCCUACGGAGGUGCUGAAGAGGUUGGAAGUAGUCAAAGGCGACGACGAUGCAGUUAAGAGAGUCGGCGUGGACAUUCUGAGCGAGAUGGUGGAGAGGAUGAACUGUAUAAAGAGUCCUGGACCGAGAGGCUUCCACUUUUACACGUUGAACUUGGAGAAAGUUGUGACGCAGAUAUUGGAGCGAUCUAGCCUGAUACCUCCGGCUACACCUAUCGUCACUUCGACUAAUGGCAACGGUAGCCAUGAGUACGCCAUUGCUGAAGAGGAGGCCGAUCGCUACAUGGUUGUGGAAGCCGGUAAUAAGCAGCAGCAUCGCAGGAAGUCUUCGACGAAGAAUGCGCAACCAGGAAAUCGAGUUGUGGUCAGUCGGGAACGGGUAUCGAGCACCAGUUGCGCAUCUGCUUUCCAAGCACCAGAAGAUGAGGCUGGCGUUCCAAGCGACAAGAACGGCAACCGGGCUAACACUCUCGCGAUCUCGGAAGGCGAAGGUGCGCUGGGCAGGGAAGCAACCUGGGACGACUUUCCGAACGGUCGGUGGGGCGACGUCCGCUCUCCUGCGUAUGGCGAGAUCGACGGAUACGGUGUGAGUCUGCACGCCAGCAUACCAGAAGCCAAUCGUCUUUGGGGCCAGCCAGCGACUGUCGAGGACAUCUCAACCAUAUUCCGUAAUCACCUCGAAGGCAAGAUCAAUGCUAUUCCUUGGUCAGAGGACGCACUUCAAUCCGAGACUCUCACCAUAAAACCUCAGCUGCUGAGCUUGAUCGAGAAAGGAUGGUGGUCAGUGGCCUCCCAGCCAGCAGUGGAUGGCAAGCGAAGCUCCGAUCCAGUCUUCGGCUGGGGACCAAAGAACGGUUUCGUGUUCCAGAAGCCUUUUGUGGAGAUCUUCCUCCCAUCUGCUGACUGGCAUCGUUUGCGCUCGCAGCUCGAACAAGACGAGCAAGUCACCUACUUCGCCGGAAACGCCGCAGGAGAGUUCGUGAGCACGGAUGAGCAGUCUGUCAAUCCCGUGACGUGGGGCACGUUCACGGGAAAGGAGAUUGUGACUCCGACAAUCAUCGAGGCUGUCAGCUUUAAGAGCUGGCUUGAGGAGGCGUUCGGGAUCUGGGGCGAGUGGCAGAGGGUGUAUAAGCCGGGGUCGCCGAGUAGUAAGUUGCUGGAGAAGGUGAGGAAGGAUUAUUGGUUGGUCAAUAUUAUCCAUCAUGGGUUUCUUGAGGAGCACGCUUUGUGGGAGCGUUUGAUCGAGGCAUAG